AAAUCUCAUUUCUAUUUGUUUUCAGACAUGUUAAAUAUAUAAAAAAAUGGCCACAACAGAAGACGCCAAGGAUUUUGAGAAGGGCCGUAUACGAGCCCUUCAAGAAGAGAGGUUGCAUAUACAAAAGAAAACCUUCACAAAAUGGAUGAACUCAUUUCUACAGAAAGCAAAAAUGGAGGUGGAGGACCUGUUCACGGACCUGGGGGACGGGAGGAAGCUCUUGAAGCUUCUGGAGAUCAUCUCAGGGGAGAAGCUCGGCAAACCAAACCAGGGUAAGAUGAGGGUUCACAGGAUUGAGAAUGUAAACAAGAGUCUUGCCUUCCUUCAUACAAAGGUUCGUCUGGAGAAUAUUGGUGCUGAGGAUAUUGUGGACGGAAACCCCAGGAUGAUUCUGGGUCUCAUCUGGACAAUCAUUCUCAGAUUUCAAAUUCAGGAAAUUGAGAUUAACGUGGAUGAAGAGGAUGAGAGGGAGGGAUCUGUAAAGAAGUCAGCUAAGGAAGCUUUGCUCCUCUGGUGACAACGAAAAUCGCAUAAUUACAAGAAUGUUGAUAUUCAGAACUUCAGUUCAUCCUGGCAAACUGGACUUGGGUUCAAUGCUCUUAUUCAUCAUCAUAGACCAGAUCUUAUCAACUUCAACAGCCUGCGGCCCGAUGAUCAUCUUCAAAACCUCAGUCAUUUUAAAUUUGAAGUAUAGACGAAGAACAUCCCUAAAAGUCUGAUUAAAUUUGUGCUAAUCUUGUUCAGACCUGAUGAGAAAUCUGUGAUUACUUAUGUUGCCUCGUACUACCAUACCUUCUCCAAGAUGAAGGCUGGAGCCACGGGAGGGAAGAGAAUUGGGAAUAUAAUUUCCAAGAUCCGAGAUAUUGAGUCCCAGCAAAACAGGUUUGAGACGUAUAGUACUGAGCUGUUGGUCUGGAUCAGGGGAAAGAUUGGGGAAAUCAGGAAAAGGGAUUUCCCCAACUCUCUGGACGGUAUUCAGAUGUACUUCAAGAAAUUCAAGGACUACCGAAUGAUUGAGAAGCCCCCAAAGUACCAGGAGAAGGUUGAGGUUGAAGCAAACUAUUUUGAUAUUCAGAUCAAACUUCAACAGCUUCGGCAACCUCCUUAUGUUGCCCCUGAAGGUCAGCGUCCGCAUGAUAUAGAGCAGGCGUGGCAGGAACUUGAGAAGCAGGAGUACCUGAGGGAGGUCGCAUUGAAGGAGGAGCUCCUGAGGCAGGAGAGGUUGGAACAACUGGCUUACAAGUUCGAGAGGAAAUCUGUUCUCAGAGAGGGAUAUCUUAACGAGAUGAUCCAGGUUCUCUCUGACCCCCGGUACGGAUCCAACCUGAACCAAGUCCUGGCCUCGGUUAAGAAGCACGAGGCUAUCUCUGCUGACAUCUUGUCCCGGAAGGAUAGGUUCCUGGACCUCAAGAGCAUGUGUGUCCAGCUUGAGAAGGAGAACUACCACGCCAAGGAGGAAAUCACAGCCAGGGAGAAGCAGAUUAUGGAAAGGUGGCAAGAACUGCUAGAUCUGCUCAAGGUCCAUAAGGAUAAGCUGGAGAGAAGUAAUGCUGUGAUUAACCUGGAGAGAGAGAUUGAUACCCUAACCUUAACUAUCCAGCUUCUCCAGGCUGAAAUGAGUUCUGAUGCUGGAGUUCUUCACCUUCUUGAUGUACAGGAGAAACUACAGAAGUUUACUCUGCAGGAGUCCCAGGUGAACGCUAUGGCUGAGACUAUUAGAAAAGUCCAGAAGCAAGGUAAACUUCUGGACUCUACUCCGGAUACUCCAGGAUCCACCCCAGUCCGUCCUAUACAGAAUAAACUCCAGGAGUUGGAUACCAACUACAAAAACCUUCUGGAGAUGUCCAGAAAGAGACAGGGCUACUUGGAGGACUGUCACGCCUUCUACCAGCUGGUGCAGGAUCUGGAGGAGGAGGGACAAUGGGUUGAUGAAAAACUAUCUGUCUGUACUGCAACCAUUCAAGCCAAAGAUCUGCGUGCCCUGACCAGUCUUCAACAGAAGCAUAAAGGACUCCUUGAUGAGAUGGAAAGAAGAUAUUCCAGGUUUACAACUGGACCAAUGAGCAGUGCUGAAGAGAUGAUUGCUGCCGGGCAUCCUGAUCAUCAGCAACUUCAGCAGCGUUGUCAAGCAACUGCAGCUAAGUGGAAAGCUCUUCAGACAGAAGCUGCAAAGAGACGUGCUACUCUGGAUUCCAGUACUGAAGCCUAUGUUUUCUUCUCAGAUUGUAAUGAAACUGACAGCGUAAUUAAGGAGUGUACGACUAUCGCCAAAUCUAAGGAUUUUGGUCAGGACAAGCUGACCGCUCUCUCUCUUCUUCAGAGACACAGGCAGCUUAAUGAUAAAAUACAGAGUAUUGCUGUUGAUGUAAGACGGGUUGAAGAGAACGGAGCUAAGCUCAAGAACUCCCAGAUCAGUGAGGAGGCUCUGUAUAUAUCUGCAGACCCUAGCAAGCAGCAGACUAGUCCGGAGAAGAUGGUUCCUGUAGAGGUCUGGGAGGAUGAACCCUUCGAGAGAACAGAAAUACAGAAGGUUAUCGAGGACAGGAAGGUUCCUCAGGUGAAAGCUCUAUACCCGUAUACCGGACAUGGUAUUGAUGUAAAGAAGGGGGAGACCAUGUUCCUCUUGGAUAAAACUAACGCGGACUGGUGGAAUAUCAGAAAAGCUAAUGGAGAGAAUGGAUUUGUUCCAGCUAACUAUGUCAAGGAAGUAGAACCCAAGGUAGUAGCUGUUGAAGUGAAGAAAGCUGUGGUUGUCAAGGAUACAAGGAAGGUCAAGAAAGUUCAAUAUGUCAAGGAGGCCGGUCAGUCAAAUGCACAGAAAUCAGGGAAGGAGAUCAUUAAUGAACGGCAGAAGGCGAUUGUUGACAGCUAUUCAGUUCUGCAAAACCUUAGUAAAGAGCGUCAGCUUGUUCUGCAGUACAAAAACUCUAAAUUUUAUUGUGAUUCAUCUAGCGUUGAGAUUUCUAACUUAAGAACUGUCUCCAGGUUGGCGAGUAUAGAUAUAGCGUGCCGUGAGCUGGAGAUAAUAUUCCCGGAUCUUAAGAACGACAUUGUUAGCAAGCAAAAAGAAACACACAGAACCUAUGACGGGCUUGUCAAGCUGAAGGAAGAACAGGAGAAGAACCUGGAAGGAUCUAUUGUUAUUGAUGUAUGUGACUGGAUAACUGAGAAAUCUGAGAAGCUAGAACUGGAUGAUCUGGCUAAAGAUUUAACCACUGUUAAAGCUCUUCAGAGGAAACAUAAAGGAAUUGAGCGGGAACUCGCCCCAAUCAAAGAUAAGGUUGGUCAGGUGACUCAGCUGGGACGAGAUGUUCUUCUCUCCUUUCCAGAUGAGAGGGAGAAUAUUGAGGAGAGAACAAGUCAAGUACAGGCUAAAUGGGAGAUGUUGGAAAGCCGGGCAGCUGAGAGAUCUCGACGCCUGGAGGAUGCUGUGGGUAACCAGCUGUUCAACAAUGGGGUUAAGCAGAUCCUCGCCUGGGUGGACAACACCAAGUCCAACCUGAACACCAACGAGAACGUUAGAGAUGUGCAGACUGCUGAGGAGUUGUUGAACCAGCAUGCGGAGAUAGGAGAUGAUAUUCGGGCUAACCAGGAACCAAAUUUAAUCAAUACAAAGAAUUACUUGCACCGUUGCAUAUAUUUUCUUCCAGUGUUAAAAUUUUGCAUAUUGAACCACUUGUGUACUGGUUGGUUGAGACAAGUCCGAGAUCUUCAACUUUUUAAUCGAGAAGCUGAUCAUAUAGAAGCUGCCACCUCGGCUCAAGAGGAAAGAAUGAAAGGAUUUAUGGAAACUGCACAACGUCUUCUGGAUGCAGGUCAUCCUGAUUCAGCCAGCAUACAGGUAGAGACCCAGGUGCAGGAGAUGAAGGACUUCAUCUCCGACAAGAAGAGGUUGGUCAGAGAAGACUCAUUUAAGGACGGUAUUGGCAACCUUAAAGCCAAAACUAAAAAGCAAGAAGUUCUGGAAGGAGAAAUUAAAGCUAACUCAGGACAACUGAAGGUACUAAAUAGAACAGGACAGCAGAUGGUGAACAGGAACCAUUACAAGAAGGAGCAGAUCUCUUCAGACCUUGACUCCGUCAACAAGAGCUGGGAGGAGUUGGUAGAGGCGGUGAGAGAUCAAGGAAACAGGCUGGGACAGGCCAAGGCCCAAAAGGAUUACAACAUGGUUACCUCAGACAUGCGCACCAAGCUCGAGGACAUCAACAACAUGAUCAAGAGCGAGGAUGUUGGAGAGGACAAGCGUUAUUGCAAGACCUUGCUUUCCCAGCACCUGGCUGCUGAGCAGGAGCUUGAUCAAGUUGAGGCAAAGGUUAAUGGACUGAACAACCUUGCUCAGGAGCUAGCUGAAGGUCAUUUUGACGGUCCCAACAUUGUUCGCACAUGUGCUGAACUUUCAAGUGCAGUUGCCAACCUCAAAUCACCUGCAAAAGCCAGGCGAGAGGCACUCAAUCAAUCAAUGAAGUUCCAUGAAUUCAACUUUGACCUCAGUCGAGAGUUGGAAUGGAUUGCUGAGAAGAAGACGAUCCUAGCAUCUAGUCCUGAAAUCCAGGGACUUCAGCAUGCCCAGAGUGCAGUUAAGAAGCAUAAGAAGCUUGAAGAGGAGAUCAACAACCAUUGUGUUGUCAUUGAUAAAGUUGUGGAGAGUGGACAAACUCUGCUGGAUGGUCCAGCAUUCCCGUCCUCUAAGGAGGUGAUUGCUAACACCAGGAGGCUGCAAGAGGCCUGGAAGGAGUUGCAGGAAGGAGCACAGAAAAAGAAGGAUCAACUUCAAGUUGCACUUAAAGCCCAACAGUUUUUCUUUGAGGUUGCUGAGAUCGAGACUUGGAUGGGUGAGAAGGCUCAAACCCUUAAAUCUUCAGAGUAUGGGAAGGAUGAGGACAGUGCUGUUAAGUUGCUGACAAAGCAUAAAGGUCUAGAACUUGAGAUAGAUACGUACAGUGGAAUUAUUCAGGAGAUUAGUAACUCAGCGGCUCAGCUUCUUACCUCAGGACACCCAGAAUCUAAACUUCAUGGAUACACUUGGGUGGUAAGGAGCAUAGCCUCGAUAACUUCAAAGAUUGCUAAUUUCAGAGAGGUUAAAGAGUACAUUAAGCAGCAGAUGAACACUGCCAAGUCCCAGGAUCUAGGUCAAGAUUAUGAACAUCUGGAGAUUCUUCUGGCAAGGUUCCAGGAGUUUAAACUUCGAGUUCAGUCUGGAGAAGAGAAGUUUAGAGGCUGUGAGAGUUUAGCACGGAGGUUGGAGAACUUACAGACAACUGUUGAUGUCAAGGGAAUACAGACAGAUCUCUCUGAGAGCUGGUAUGAACUGAUCCAGGCUAUUGAACAGCGGGAUGAGAAACUAGAGUCGGCAGGGGAGAUUCAUAGGUUUAACCGAGAUAUAGGAGAAGCACUCUCAAGGAUUCAAGAAAAAAGUGCGAUUCUUCAAACACAGGAUCUUGGAAGAGAUACUAAGAGUGUCCAGAGUCUAAUCCGUAAACACGAAGGUUUCGAAAAUGAUCUUGUUGCUCUCGAAGCUCAACUUCAGGUCAUCGUAGAUGAUGCCGCUGCAUUGCAAACUAAAUAUCCCGGAGAAAAUGCCGCGCAUAUUAAACAACAACAGAGCAAUAUGCUUGCAGCAUGGACUGAGCUACAGAAGAAAGCUGCUGCAAGAAAAGUGGCGCUACUGUCAAGCAAUGACUAUUUCACGUUUAUGGGAAUGUCACGCGACCUGCUGGCCUGGUCAAGCAGUCUCCGUCGGUCCCUGAUUACAGAAGAGAAGGUGUCAGAUGCUGCUUCUGCCCAGAUGCUGAAGGCAGAGCAUGAUGAUCUAAAGGCAGAAAUAGAAACUAGAGAGAAAACUUUUAGUGAGGUAGUUGCACUUGGUGAAACUAUGGUAGAACAUCAGCACAGAGCUUCUCCUGAAGUUCAAGAUAAGAUAACAGCUGUUCUUGCAGAGAGACAGAAGCUUCAUACCGCCUGGCAACAUAAAAAGGUCUAUUUAGACCAGCUAAUUGAUAUCCAUUUCUAUCUGAGAGAUGCUAAACAAAUACUCUCAACAUCAACUUCACAGGAGAUGGCUCUGUCAAACACUGAUUGUGGAACAACGGUAGAGGAGGUGGAGGCUCAUCUCAAAACUCAUGAAGCUUUUCAAAACCUUGUAGCACAGCAGGAAGAGAAGGUGUCCAGCCUGAAAGAACAUGCUGAGAAACUUGUAAGACAGAAACACUUUGAUACGGCAACCAUUCAGGGAACCCAAUACAUACUCUUUAAAAAUGAGACUGGUGAGGAGAUGGGCUGGAUAGAGGAGAAGAAGCGUAAACUAGAAUCCAACAAUAAAACUGCAGAUGAAUCCAACCUUACGGAAAAGAUUAAACUCCUUCAAAAGCAUCAAGCCUUACAGGCUGAGAUAGAGCGUCACAAGCCACAGAUUACGGAGGUGUGUACGAAGGGAAACCGUUUGGUUCAGAAGCGUCACGAAAACUCCCCGUCUAUCAACCAGAAUCUGAAUCAGCUGUCUAAAUGCUGGGAGGAACUCGCUGCAGUCAAACCUGUUUCACAUUCAGGAUUGGAUGAGGCCCGAGGUAUUCUUGAGUUUAGAAAUGAAGUUGGAAAAAUAGAGUCCUGGAUCCGAGACAAGGAACUACUGGUUUCUCAAGGUGACCUGGGGAAAGACUUUGAGCAUUGUCUUGAACUACAGAAGAAGCUUGAUGAUGUAGAUGGAGAUAUGAGGGUUGAUGAGUCCAGGAUAUCAGAGAUAUUUGGUAUGGCUGAUCGGUUAGCGGCUGAAGCAGGAACUGAGGCCGGGGGAGUCCUUGAGAAGCGUUCAGAGAUUCAAAACAAAUGGAAGAACCUUCAGGGGUCUAUCCAAACUUACAGAGAACAUUUGUCCAUUGCAGGAAACAUUCAUGCUUUCCAGAGAGACACUGAUGAGACCCUGGCUAGAAUCAAGGAGAAGUUGGUUCUGGUGGACAUGGAGGAUCAAGGGAAGGAUCUCAAGGAUGUUCAAGAAUUGAUCAAGAGAACCGAAUCAGUGGUAGAGUACAUGACAGGACUGGAGAAGAGGAUCAAGGAUCAUGAAGUUGUGAGUAAGCAGCUGAUCACCAAGUAUCCUGACAUGACCAACAGUGUAGCAGAGAAGAUGGAGAAUCUAAAUGCUGCUUGGCAGAAAACAAACCAGAGGAUUGUGGAGCGUGAAGCAGAACUUGGCAACUCCCAACAGUUUCACCAGUUUGUUCAUGAUUGCAAGGAGCAUCAAACAUGGCUUCUAAACAUGGACACAAAGUUGAAGGCUGUAGGUGUUCCUUCCUCCGCGUCUGAGGCAGAUGCUUUCCUUUCCCUGCAUCAAGAGCGUAAGUCUGAGCUCUCAGCCAGGAAAGAGAUGCUAGAGAUGCUAAGGAAACAUGGAGAAAACCUGCUUGAAGAGAAGCACUCAGAGUCUGAGAAGAUCCAAUCAGAAAUGGAGAAAACUCUGGAGAUUCAGGAGAAUGUUGCCCAAAGCUGGGACAGAACCAAAGUAUUGCUUCUGCAAGGAAAUCAAUUGCAUGCAUUUAAACUCCAGCACCAACGUGCCCUUGGAUGGUUGGAAGAGAAAGAAGCUGUUCUUAACAAUGAUGAUCUUGGGGAUAGUCUUGCUGCUGUAGAAGCUCUCACCCGAAAGCAUGAAGGCUUUAUCACUACAUUGAACAAACAGGCUGAGGUGAUUGAAGAUCUUGAAAGGAAGGGAGGAGAACUUGUUUCUGAAGACCAUUAUGAUGCUGACAAAGUUAAGGAGUUGUUGGAGAAUAUUAGAACAAGAUUGGAAUAUAUCAAAGAGAAGGGAGAGACGAGAAUGAAGAAGCUGAACGCUUCUCGUCAGCUCCAGCAGUUCUUGCGUAAAGUGUUUGAUAUCAAGACUUGGGUGAAGGAGAAGGUUCAGGUUGCCCUAGAUGAGUCCUACCUAGAUCUUAGCAACCUUGUUAACAAGAUCCAGAAGCAUUCCAGCUUUGAGGCAGAGAUUGCCGCAAACAAACCUCGCUUGGCCUCCAUCAAAACUGAAGGCCAGGCUCUGUGUCAGGAAUCCCAUUUUGCCAGUAUUGAGAUCGCCUCUCAGCUUGAAGACCUACAGAGUGAAUGGACCCAUCUUAUAGAGACUUCCAGUCUUAAGAAGACCAGACUUCAUGAGGCCAACUCAGCUCUCAUCUUUCUUCAUAGCAUUGAUGAGUUUGAGGUUUGGUUGGAGGAAGUUGAAACUGGUCUUGAGUCUGAAGAUCAUGGCAAGGACAUGAACUCAGUGUCGAAACUUCUCAAGAAGUUGUCAACCAUAGAGGGUGAGGUGUUGAAGCGUAAAGACACACUUCAGGCUCUGGAACAGCAAUGUGAAAAGUUUGGAGCAAACAAGCAUUUCAUGAUUACCGAACUUGAAUCCAAGUUCGCCGGGGUCCAGUCCCGGUAUGAACUUCUCCAGGAGCCCCUGCAAAUCCGACGGGAGAACCUUGAGGACUCUUCUCUUCUCCAUCAGUUUAACCGUGAGGUUUCCGAUGAAACAUUCUGGCUGGAAGAAAAGCUUCCACUUGCUGCCUCAACCCAUCUUGGAAAUAGUCUGACAGAGGUUCAGACCCUUCAACAGAAACAUCAAGUGCUGGAGUCUGAGAUACAAAGUCAUGAGAAGGUGAUCAACCUUUUAGUCACCAAGGCAGACCAGAUGAUAAGGUCAAACCAUUUUGCGUCCGAUGACAUCAAGGAGACCUGUGAGCAUCUGAAGGAGGGAUACAGUCAGCUCAAGGACCUCAGCUCACUUAGAAAGCUCAGGCUCACAGAUGCAGUUGAGUCUCAACAGUUCUUCUUCAAACUAUACGAGGUGGUAGAAUGGAUUAAAGAGAAGGAGCCCAUUCUUAAGGUCAAGGACAUAAAGAACGACGAGGACAGUGUCCUCAUCUACCUCAAGAAGAUCAACGACAUCCUUGCCGAGAUGGAGGGAUACAAUAAGAAGAUCGAGACGAUCAAAGCAAUGAGUGAGAAGAUGAUCGAAAGAUCUCACUUUGACAGUGCUAACAUCCAAACCAAAAUGGCGGAUCUCACAGAUUUCCAUGUUAACUUUAAGGCUGUUCUCCUGGAGCAGAAGAGAAGUCUGGUAGAUCAGAAAGCAGUUCUAGAGUUUAUUCAUGAAACAGAGGAAGCAACUGAGUGGAUAGAUUCACAGAUGAUGGUUUCUGCCUCCGAGGACUAUGGGAAGGAUGUCAGUCAUGUCGAGAUCCUCAUCAAGAGCUUCGACACCUUCCUUCAGAGCGUUCAGGAGUUUGAGAUCAAGAUCAACAGGGUGGUGGCCUUAGGACAAGGAUUGCUGGAUGAGGAGAAUACACACAGUGAGCUGGUGCAGAGCCGGUUAACCGAGCUGACCCAGCUCUGGGAGGAUCUUAAGGAACUAUCUGCUGCUAGACAUGAAGCUCUUAAUGGAGCUAAACAGGUUCAUGUGUUUGACAAGAAUGCUGAUGAGACAAUGUCCUGGAUAGGAGAGAAGGAGGCUGAGAUGAGUACAGAAGAGCUGGGACAAGAUCUGGAGAGUAUUCAGAGCUUGCUGGAGAGACAACAAGGGUUUCAUAGAGAUCUUGAUGCUAUCAAGGAGCAAGUAGCUGAGGUAGAGAAGGAAGCAGGUGUACUCAGUGAACUAUUUACCAAGCAGGAAGGACGGUUGAAGCAGAAUCAACAGAUCCAGAGAUACUUUGACGAUUACCGUGAACUCAUGGCCUGGAGUAGCGAGGUCAUCGCUAAAAUUACCUCCCCUGACCUGGCCUCUGACCUCUCGGGGGCCGAGACUUUGAUCUCCCGGCACAAGGAGAUCAGGAGGGAGAUGGACAGCAGGCUGGAGGCCUUCAACAAGUUCGAGAGGAGUGGGAAGGAGUUGGUACAGGAGGGACACUUCAUGGCUGCAGAGAUAUUAGAGAAAAUAUCAGUUCUUAACUCGAGAAAAGAGAAGAUGUAUGAAGGGUGGCAACUACGUGAGGAGCUGUAUAUCCAGCAUCUAGAUUAUCUAUCCUGGUGUAAAGAAACUGAUGCCAUAGAAAGCUGGAUCUCUUCAAGGGAACCAACAGUCAAGGACGUGAACCUCGGUGGUAACAUUGACGAGGUGGAGGAACUGUUGAAGAAGCAGAGGGACUUUGAGGGAGCCAUCAUAGCCCAGGAGGACAAGCUCCAGGGCGUGCACAGGAUCACCCUCAUCGAGAAGAAUUUCGCCGCCCUCCGAGAACGUGAGGAGGCCGCCCGGCGCCAAGAGGUCAUCCAAAAGGAGCAGGAGAGGUUGGACAACAUCAAGAAGAAGGAGCUGACCAGGAUAACUAAUGAGAGGAGGAGGGAGAACGAGCGCCGAAGAACCCAAGAGAUAAAGUUUAACAGGGAGGACUUCGAUGCUAUGCGUGCUGUUGGGAACGGUAAGAGCUCUGAGGGUAGCUCUACUGUUUCUCCGGCCAAUGAGGAAGUUUAUGCUUUCAACAAACGAGGAGAAAGUAUGAGGGUGGGAGUGGAUCCUAAGAAAGCUAAAAGAACUCCCAGUUUUACAACAAGAAGAAGAACACAGAGCUUUAGAAGACACACGAAAAAUCUAGCCUCUGUCGAGAAUCUGCCUCCUGUAGAGGUUGAUGGCUUUCUGGACAGGAAACAGGAACUUCAAGCAGGAGGGAAGAGAGCUACUAUGAGGUCCUGGAAGAAUUAUUACACUGUGCUCUGUGGCCAGCUGAUGUGUUUCUUCAGAGACCAAGAGGAUUUUUUCCAGUCCAAGGCGGGUUCCAGUCCCGUCACCAUCUACCAGGCCGGAAUAGAGGCUGCCAAUGAUUAUACUAAGAAAGCGUUUGUAUUCCGAGUCCACGCUACGGAUGGGUCUGAAUAUCUGUUCUCUGCUGAGUCCCAGGAGGAGCAGGAGGAGUGGGUCAAGAAACUCAAGUUCCACGCCUCCCUCUCACCGGCCAAACAGCUGACAAGUUAUAAAAGUGUUGAGGAGGUACAGGGGGAACCGGUUUAUGCCAACCUGGCCAGUUCUCCGCCGCUUCCCGUCUCAAUACCACCACCGGCGGGGUCCAGAGAGUCCGGCUUCGGAGUUGCGGGCACCCGGGAUAUACUUAACAAGAAACCUGGUUCCAGGGAACCUAUCUCUGUUGUUGAUGGAAGAACUUCUAUCCCAGAAUUUGGUCCUCCUCCAGUCUAUGCUAAUGUAGAUAAACUCCGUCCAGAAAGAUCCUCUACCCUCCCUGUACACUCCCGGAGCUCUGGAGGAGAUCAAGAUUCAGAUACCCUCUCUGUAACCUCUAGCAAGGAGAAGAAGAGUAGUGUUCUUGGACGAUUUCUAGGCAGAAAAAAUCCCAAAUAGUAUCGCUAGAUGUCGCCCUAACCCAUUACGUACGGCAUUGUAACUGCACACUGUACAGAUAUAUAUUCUUAAUAUGUAAUACUCCAAGCAUUUUACCAGUGCUUGUAAAUAUUUUAUAGUUCCAGGAUAUUUUAUUUCAUGUACAUUGUACAUCCUAAUUUUUUAUAUGAAAAUAUAAU